AAUUUCCCCUACGGGGAUCAAUAAAGGAGCAUCUAAUCUUAUCUUAUCAUAAAAAAUAUGAUACCAUUUUGUGAUAUUACAAUAAAGCGUUUUUGUUUUGUUUGUUUGUGUUUCAUUCCUAUUAUAAUGAUAUAAUGAUAAUAAUAAUUGUGUAAUACUGUCAUACUGUGGUAUUUUCAUAAAUCUUAUACUGUUGCAACCCUUGUUGUAUCACAACUUUAUGGGUCUGCUAAAUUAAGAAGAGGAAUGAAGAAAGGAAUGAGGAAGGAAAGGAGACAAGGACGCCUCUAGACAGUGUUAGGUCGCGGCCCGCUGUAUUCCUUCGACUCUGUUCACCUCCAUUCACACAGUAAAUAAAAGCAUGGAGGCUCUGACUCUCGGGAUCUAACACCGAACAGCAGGGGGUAAAGACACUGCCGCAUGCGCUCUCCCUUUCACCAAAACACACAGGAAGGAAGCGGGACAGCGUCGAACGCUCUGCCGGUGGGAUUUAACUCAUUUUACGGGGAAGAGAGGAUUGUAGUCGGCGUCAGGAGCGGGGCAGCCCGCCGUGCUGAGCAUGAAACGGACGGCUGUAGUGGCCAGGCACAAUGGCCUCGUCUCUCCGCUGGGGAACAACAACUCCGGGGCUUCGAGCAUCGUCUCACCGCCCCAGCCGAGAGCCACUAGUGUCUCCGCUUCUGCCGACAGCGGUGCCGGCGGUGGGAUGGACGGCCUGCUGGAUUUCUCCAAAGGCCCCGUCGUCAAAACCGAGCUGGUGUGCAAAUGGAUUGACCGAACUUCUAAGAGACAGAGGCUUGGGCGGACGGCGACAUCCGUCUGCGACCAAACUUUCAGCUCCAUGCACGAGCUGGUGGACCACGUCACCACCGAGCAUGUAGCAGCGGGGCUCGAGACCCUCAGUCAUGUCUGCAUGUGGGACGAGUGUCUGCGCGGCGGGAAGGCGUUCAAAGCCAAAUACAAACUCAUCAACCACAUUCGCGUGCACACCGGGGAGAAGCCGUUUUCAUGCGCAUUUCCCAACUGCGGCAAGAUGUUCGCACGCUCCGAGAACCUCAAGAUCCACACGCGCACGCACACUGGAGAGAAGCCGUUCCAGUGCGAAUUCUGUGAGCGACGCUUUGCCAACAGCAGCGACCGAAAGAAGCACUCGCAGGUCCACACAGCCUCGAAGCCCUACGACUGCAAGGCUCUGGGCUGCACCAAGUCCUACACCCACCCCAGCUCUCUACGCAAACACAUGAAGGUCCACGUCAAGUUGUCACCUACCUCUGAACCCCAGGACGCGUACGACUCCAUCCCUCAUCAAUUUCAACAACCUCAUCAGGCUCUCCUUGAGCCCCUUGACCUUAAAAUUAACCGCCUCUCUCCGUCGCUUGCCAACAGAAACGCUCACUUUCCUCUUCUGUCCAGUCACGAAUUGGACAUUAGCUCAGCUGCUGAAGUGGACCAUAAGCUGCUGCUGCGGAGUUCAUCUCCAAUGGCAAUGCCUCUGGAUCUCUCUCUGUCAGGCCUGAAGAGUCAGCUGGCCCACAAGCAGCAGAGCGGCAGGACCCCGCGGAGGAGCCAGCGCUCAGUCAACCCAGCCUUACCUCAGUUGUCUAACAUUAAGGAGUGGUAUGUCUGUACCAGGACUACAGCACCACACUUUCCUCUACUUCACCCAGACCACAUCAAAUCAGAACCUAGUGAUGAUGAGGAGUACGUCACGUAGGAUGGAGGGACUGGUGAAUUUGGACACAAAGAACAGACAUCAUACAUUGUCAGACCCGAACAGGCCAGAGGAUGCUCUGUGGAAUCAUAGUUGCUGUAAUUUUCCUGAACCAGCAGUGUAUGGUUCAACAUCAGUGGCCCUUCUGAGAUGGAGAAGGCUGUGAUCAGAUAAGACUGGAGGUUUCAAUCCAUCUCAAAUACAAAACUCAGCUGGGAGAUCGUCACCAUCUGUGGACCAAAAGCAGUGGCUUAAAUGUUGCCAGAAGGGACAACAGGAGUUCCAUCAUUGUGGUUAUCAAACAAAAUGUUUGACAUAAAACUGCAUCAGUGUUAGCUAGCUAACCUGAACUAACAAAGGGGAUGACGUUGUACAAAUGGACCAGAGAAUGUUGGUGACUGCUCUGCCCUGCUGUUAAAGAAUAUGAAGAGGGUGUUUGUUCAUGACGAUCUCUCUAGAGAGACACAUUAUUGAUCUAAGAGCUCCACCUAGAUGAAGCAAUUUCAAGGGCUAAAGUGACACUGAUGGAAAGUGGUUUAUGUUAACCUGAGCUCAUGGUAGCACUGUACACAUGGUAACACAGCAGGUCCAAAACAGCAGGCACAUGGGGCGGAGGCGAGUGUGUGUCUGUUAAGGCCUUGGUAUGCUUUAAACAAAGUAGUUUGUACAACAGGGCUGUGUUUUGGCGAGAAUCUGGUGAUACGAUAUGCAUCACAAUACAAGGGAUUACGAUUCAGUAAUUCUGAUAUAUUGAGCACCCUUCCAAUUAGUGGACAACCCGCUCUGCCUCUGAGCCACAGCCGCCACAUAUAACACAUAUUUAUUCACACAUAUUUAUUGCAUCACAGAUAGGAACCUCAUCUACCUGUUUUUUCUUUAUUUUGGAAUCUAUCUCCACACAUCCGGUUUAAGCUUGUUUGUGGGAGAUACAACAGGCGAGCCUUCAGCCAUGGUGACAGGCUUAGGAUUUUGGAAUGUCUGGAAAGAUGCGGGCUCCCCCUUGUCCCUUUGUUCACGAGUAUCACGUUGAUCAUGAUAAUGGAAAUUCACCACAAUGAAUUAAUCUGAGUGUUUUUUAUCGCAAUAUGCGAUAAUAUUGUACCAUCCCUAAUCUAUAAUAUAUCACAACCACUGUAUCAUGAUACGUAUCGUAUUGCCAGAUUCUUGCCAGUACACAGCCCCAGUAGAAAGACAUGAAAAAACAUCAAAAAAUGAGCAAAUUAAUGAAAAUGAACUAAAUUAAAGUAUACAAAAUCAGGUAGGAAAAACACUCCACCCUUCCUGGCGGGAUAUGAAGCUGUGUGGAGGACAAAACAAAACCUAGUGGAAUCAAGGCGUCGGGCGAUCCGACAAGCACUUUGUUUGAAGCAAACUGAGGCCUUUACUAACAACCAUUGGUAGUAACUUGUUCAAAAUUGUUUUAUGUGAUCACAGGUCUAAUCCCACACAGCAGCCAGCAGUGAAGCUGCCGUUUGGAGACAGCGGGACUGAUCUUGCUUUGUACUGAUCGUCAAGUGUCUCCUUAACCUCAUCAAUUAUAUGGACCUUUCAGUGGGUUAAUUACCUGCAUCUGUUUACACUCCAUUUACGAUUUAGUCAAGACCCCAAGGUUACCAAAAUUCCCAUAUAUGUCAUACCCAUAUUCCUUUAACAUUAAAAUGUGUAUUAAAUGAAGAAUAUAGUAUUUUCCCUUUGAUUAAAUGGUGCAGCCCUAAAAAGUGGCAUCUUGGAUUUCAAUAUUAAA